AUGGGGAGGGCCUCUUUUGAUGAGCUGCCUCCGGCGGAGUCGAUACAGCUCGACGCAACCACACCUGCGGAAUCCUCUCUCUCACAUGAUGUCGCUUCGGAACACGGCGGUCAAGAUGGAGUCUCCUCGCUGCCUCCCGUCGAUACGGGCAAGGACGCGAUGCUAUUCUUGACGGCAUGUUUCAUUAUCGAGUGCCUUGUCUGGGGCUUCCCCUUUGCCUUUGGCAUCUUUCAAAACUAUUACAGCACUCAUGAGCCCUUCAAAGGCUCCUCAAGCAUUGCCGCCAUCGGCACAACUGCAAUGGGAACCAUGUAUCUAUCCGCCCCCUUUGUCUUUCCUCUCAUGAGACUCUACCCCAAGCAGAACCGUUACGGCCCAACCGCAGGCCUCCUCAUCAUGUGCAUCGCUCUCGCACUGAGCUCCUUCUCCCAGACUGUCUGGCAUUUGAUCCUCACUCAGGGCGUCCUCUUCGCAGUUGGCGGCUCAAUCUGCUACGGCCCCUGCAUCCUGUACAUGGACGAGUGGUUCGUCAAGCGAAAAGGUCUCGCCUUUGGCGUCAUGUGGUCAGGCACCGGUCUGGGCGGAUUCGCAAUCCCGCUGCUGCUCGAGUAUUUGCUGGGGAGAUAUGGACUCCGAACGACGCUGCGCAUCUGGGCCAUUGCCCUCUUCGUCCUGACGAUUCCCGUCAUUUACUUUAUCAAGCCGCGACUCCCGAUAUCCGCCACGGCACACAUCAAGCCGUCCAAGCUGGGCUUCCUGUUCGAUCGCUCGUUCCUCAUGUAUCAAGCGGCCAACAUCGUCGAGGCCCUGGGGUUCUUCAUGCCUGGCCUUUACUUGCCGUCCUACGCCACCUCGAUUCUCGGCUCUGAGGCGUUCCCCGCCGCCUUGACCAUCCUGGCCGUCAACGUCGCCUCUGUGUUUGGAUGCGUCGCCAUGGGCAUCUUUGUCGAUCGCUUUCACCCUACCACAUGCAUCAUGAUCUCGACGGUGGGCACCGUCAUCGGAACGUUUUUGCUCUGGGGAUUCGCGACGAACAUGGCCGUGCUCUACGUCUUCUGCGUCAUCUACGGAUUCUUCGCCGGCUCGUACACGUCGACCUGGACCGGCGUCAUCAAGCAGGUCACGUCCAAGCCGAGCCAGUCCGGCACCGCGAAUGCGGGAGCCGCCUUUGACCCGGUCAUGGUCUUUGGCUACCUCGCCGCCGGCCGGGGCAUCGGCAACGUCGUCUCCGGGCCUCUGAGUGAGGCGCUGGUCAAGGGCAUGUCGUGGCAAGGACAGGCUGCGGGAGGAUAUGGAAGCGGCUAUGGUCCGCUGAUUGCGUUUACGGGAGCCACGGCCGUUGUUGGCGGUACGUCUUUCCUGUGGAAGCGUAUCGGAUGGAUGUGA